GCCGAGAACCCUUAGGAAAUCAGAUAGGCUUACUUUGUUCGGGUCCGUAUCAUCGCCGAAUAGCUCUCUAUAGGCGUCUUGAGUCCAUUUGUCAUCACGUUCCGAAACGCAGGAGUGCCACCGAUAUACCAAAUUAAAUUCUGCGGAAACUUGGUUCCCACCUGCUUCAUCGAUCUCAGUACCGAAAAGGCCUCUCAUAGAUUCAGAACGAGGGUCGAGGCUCCAAUCACUGUCCGUCCGGUUGAUAUUUAGAAUCGUGCGCACAUAAUCUUUCAGGAUAAUAUUUAUGUACAGCCCACAUGUAAUCAAACGGCCAGUUUGGAAAAGGUCGUUAUCGUACUUGGCGUAUGCUUUCCCACUCGACUCAGCUGGCUUCGAGAAGCGAUCGUCUUGGUUGAUUAAAGCCAGAUUUUCAACCACAUGGUUAUGGAAACGGUUGAACAUUAUGAGAAGCACGCCAACACCGGGUGGAAACCCUAAAAUUCUCGUCUCGGAAAAGCAGUCCGGCUUCAACUUCCCAUCCUUGAAGGAUCGGACUGUAUUCUGUUCUUCCUGGUUGCUCCCGUAGAGCGGAGCAAGGUCAAGAUAAGAGGAAGUAAGGGAACGUGUAUAGUCACCACGGUCAGUGCGGAAUAGGUCUGCUGCUAUAGGCCAGGUAAAAUAGCAUGCUCGAUAUUUUAUUAGGAUGAGCUUUGAACUGUUUCCGAACCAACAGACUAUCGAAAAGGGUCCCCGGGUCUGGGAGCACUGCUGGUUGAACGGACUUCGAUGGCACAGUCCUCGCAUAUGAAGAACCUGCAACUCCGAUUUGUGGCCAAAGGAUGUUCUGUAUCUCAUUUAGCUUCGAAUGCCGAAAUGUUCAGGUAAUGGAUACCAAAUUACAUUGUGUGAACCAUCUGCCUGUCGAUAAACAUACUUUUCGCCGAGAUAACUACAUAUAAUCCGUCAAAAAAAAAAAAAAAAAAAAAAAAAUCCUCUGGAAAGGUUUCGAAUAGAUACCUACGACAACGGCGGAUGCUUUAGAUCGUUCCAAAGCAAAGAGAGAAGAGAGUUGCUCAACCUAUCUGCAUUUGGUGAUCUGGAGGGCAACGAGGAAGCGAGCUAAAUAUCCAGAAUGAAUCUCUGGAGGCAACUAUUCGUUUGGCGGCUGUGCCUUACCUGGAUGACCCUCUCCAUGAUAUAAUCCUUAUCAUUGACUGGUUCUCCCGUCGCAGCAUUUCGAACAACAUCAACCAGCGUAUCGAGAUCUUUAAUGCCGACUUUCUUCAGGUCAUCGAUUAAAGUCGGUUCAGGCGGCGUUUCGUCAAUAUAACUUCCAUCCCCAGUUCGGGUAGGCAGCGGCCGCAACGAAGCGCGGAUGAGUUGACUAAGUUUUGACACGCCAUCUUCUAUCUCUUCGCGGAGAGAACCGUUCCCAGAAGAUCCCGUCAUUCUCGACGUUAUCUUCACAGCGGCAACGAUAGGGAAGAUUAGAGUUCUGAUGCAGAUGUUAGCUACCCACUGCUUCAAUCCUAGAGUCAUGGUGAUGGUGGUGAUGGAAGCUAUCUGAACGCCUAACAAAAGCAGGUAUAUGAGGGCUUCUAAGUUUCUUCCAAGCGACAUGUGUCAUAUGGUCACCCUAGCACAUGAAGCCAGAGAUAAAGGUUUUAUCAGGGCAUUGAGACAUGGUAUUACAAUGCACUCUCCACACAUAGGGGCUCAUGAUGAUGCUUCUGAAGACAUGAACCGCAGCAAAUGAGCGGCAAUAGCACGGCAGCGAAGAUAAUGGUUAGACAUUGCAUGACUUACCGAAAUAUGAGCAACCACUGGAUCAGACGAGCAAAUAGGGACGUGAUCCGAUUUUAGAAAGCAACACAAAAGGUCCUGAUCUCAGUCACCAAAUACCGCGGGAGCACAGAGACAGGGAAGCAGAGCUAUUCGUCUAAGGAAAUCAAAGAACACACACGAAUCAACGAUAUGGAACUCGUUGAUCCAUUUAUACAGUGGAAAUUUGACAUUCGCACUCCAGAACGAGUGAAUCCUGUUUCCUUGAUGGCGAGGCUGACAGCGGGUCUACUAGAUAGAUCCACCAUCGGACGAUCCAGGGCUGGCGGUUCCAGACGCACGCAGAUCCCGUUUGUCAUCGCCAGUUUGAAUCCGGGAUUGGCGGAAGGAAUGCAGGCCUGGGAUAUGCACAAUCCCUUGAGCUUACUAGGUGCUAAGUUGGUUGGAGUUUUGCGUACAAGCAUAUCUGGGCCAGAUUUGCGAUUUCCCCGCCUGCGUCAUGGGCACAGAGUCCAUCAGUUGCGGCUGUCAGCGACGGCAGGAGGUUCGUCUCACCCACCAGGCUGAAUGAAAGAGGCUAAAAGAUAUCCCAAAACAGGAAGGAAAAAAAAGAAAGAAAAGAAAAGAAAAGGAGGCUAUUAAAUACGAGGACAACGAAGGCGCAAAAUCAUGUUCAGGGUUUAAUAAGAUGCAACCAAGGAUCCAAGGCUGUGGUGGUCCCUUCUUUCAGCCGCUAAAUUGGGGGCAACUGUCCCCUGCCCAGGUGUUUCGGGUAUUGAAGUCGUUAAAUGCCAGUUUAACCUCACUUAGAGCGCUAUCCGUUUGCUGGGCGAACUCAGUUCAUCAGAUUAAUCAGUGAGCGAUUGUUUGGUCAUCUUCUAUGGCUGGCUGGGAAGCAAUGUGGGCAAUUCAUUGGUACGCUCCUUCGAGCUGUAAUGUCAACAAUCCAUGGAAGUUAGUCUAUAAAUAAGUAGAACAAGUCUGAGCUGAGCGGUUGCCUACCAACGUCGGGCACAACCCCGCUUGUGUCGGUACAAAACCUCUUGCCCUUGAGAUCGUUAACCUGACGCUGUGUGCCAUACGUUUUUCGGAUGUCACAGUAUUUGAAUCAGCAAUGUUCCGUGCUUUGCUUCAAGAAGCAAGAUGUAAGGUGUGAAGGGAAGAUAUAGUUAUGCACUCCACUUCUAGUUGCUAAUGCCGCUCACCAGGCAUACUGUUCGGCAACUGGGCUCCCUUGCAGUCACCAGAUAUCGUCUUGGUUUGCUGGAUAACGAUGAAGCUAUCAUUGCCUUCACCCAAUAACGAAUCAAGGAAAUAUCCUAUCCAGGCCCAUCCCCUCCAUGUCAUGCCACAGCUCUAUCUAUCCCUGCCAACAGAUUGGAUGACAAAGGAGAUGACAAUGAGAUCACCACUGGGUGCAUGAAUCUAACACUGAAUUACCUCCUCCACUUGUUAGACUCAAAAGCUUUAGAGAACCUCAUAAUAUGUUGCGCUAUCCGUAUAAAACUGGCAAUGAGCUCCAGGACUGCCGUAACCGGAUUAGGAUGCCUCGAGAGCCGCCAAGCAGAACUGGGUCCAUCACGUGAACUCUUUCCCUUAAGGUUAGUUACUGGCUGGGGCCAACUUGAACUCGGGAACCGAGUAACCUUCCAACUCGUUGAUGUUCCCAGUCUCAGGCAAGCACUGUCAGGCCAAGAGAGUACGAUUUCUGGUUGAUUCAUUGAUCACUUGAAGGAGACUGUAUUCCAAUGGCUUCAAAUAUCACUCUCAGCAUCAAGCCGCGAGGCAAUCCAAUCGCCAAACUUCCUCAAGAGCUGUCAAUCGAGCCCAACGCAACUGGGUCAGAGCUAUAUAACACCAUCGCGUCGCGAUGCGGGCUUUCCAUACACCGCAUUAGGGUCACCAAGGCCAGCGAUGGGAGUGUCAUCCGCAACAACAGCGAUGCCACUGUACACUCCACCGGCCUCCGAAAUCAGAGCACCAUCUACAUAAAAGAUCUAGGAGUCCAACUCGGCUGGCGAACCGUCUACCUGAUUGAAUAUUUCGGCCCACUCCUCAUCCACCCAAUAUUCCUCAUGCAGUCCAUGCGCUCCAAAAUCUAUCGCACCCCUAAUCCUCCCCAAGUUACCAAUUACCAACUUCUGUUCUGCGCCCUCAUUCUCCUCCACUUUGUGAAACGCGAACUAGAAACAGCCUUCCUCCACCGCUUCGGCCGCGCAACCAUGCCCGCAGUCUUCGUCAUCCGCAAUAGCGCGCACUACUGGGUCCUCUCAGGUCUUAACGUCGCCUACUGGGUCUACGCACCAACCUCCAAUGCCGCAUCUACAACGAUUGAAUCUGCAAACCCAUUCCUACUCUACACUGGCCUAGCUUUAUUCGCCUUCGGCCAACUAGCAAAUCUAAAUGCACAUAUAGUGCUCCGAAACCUCCGACGGCCCGGCACGAGCGAACGGGGCAUCCCGCAUGGCUUCGGGUUUAACUGGGUGACGUGCCCCAAUUACCUAUUCGAGGUAAUUGCAUGGGUCGGUAUGUAUCUGGUCAGCGGGUUGAGUUGGAGCGUGGUGCUCUUUAUCAUUGUUGCGUGUGCGCCCAUGAUUACCUGGGCGAAACAGAAGGAGCGCUCGUAUCGCAAAGAGUUUGGUGACAAGUAUAAGAAGAAGCGGUUCGCCAUGCUGCCGGGCAUUGUCUGAGCUUGGUGCUUUCCGCUUGUGGGUGGUGGUACUAACGCUGUCGACUGGCUACCUAGACGCGGGAUCAAAUCAGUCGACCAUUGUCUGGGGAUAGCAGCAAGGGGUUGGACGGCGUGGUGUUUGUCGGUGGGACAGGACGAGGUGGCCAUGAUUGAGUUUAAUGCAGGCUCGGAUUGUGACAUUGGUCAGCAGGAGGCCUGUCCUUUGUCUUCGGGUAACAACCUUUCUUAAUCCAUAAAAAAAAUAUGUGUUCGGCGUCGGUGUAUAUUAUGCAACGUGAAACAAUCCUGUUUUAUUAGCCGGGGAAGAUCAAUUUGCGAACAGAUGUACUAUAACUAGUUGAAGUAAUGUUUGUAAAUUUAUCUCUCAUUCGUUUCAUUCGUGAAACAUAGUUUAUUCGCUUUCAUCCAUUUUAUGCAAAACCGUUGGGUUGUGUGAUAUAGAUAGAACAUUGUAUCAUCCGUGGAUAGAUUAUUGGGGGCAAACCGGACAUUUUUUACUAUUUACCUAUCCUUCGAGGUCGGGAAGUAGAUGGUGUAGAACGGCUAGAUAUUGUUUGUAGUAGAUAAUGAUAGGCUGCCGUAAAUAGCAUCCUGGAAUGUCUGUGAAACCCUUUGGUGCCAGGUAGAUACAGCGAUUUUCUCAAUCAUUAUCUACUUAGUGGCUUGCAAUCGAAAUUCUAUGCCUGUGGCGGGUCUCAGUAUGCCGGACACCACAGGAAUGAUGCAAGACAUUUGAAUGGGUUUUGGAAAUUUGGAUAAACUCACCCUAGG